AUGUUCAUCGACAGUAGCGAGGAUGAGGGUGACGCAGAUCCGUGUCCAUCUGGAAAGUUCCCCGUAAUGCGUCGUUUUCAACCUCUCAGGGAAUCUUUACCAGAGAGCGCAUUUCCUACACCGACUAGAGCUAUCUCGAUGGAUUGUGUUAAUCAAGCGGCUGAAGCAGUCAGUAUUUCCAAAAGGCACUCAUCAACGUUGUUAAUUACUCCUGAUAAUGAGUUCAAGGCAAUGGCAGCUGGAAAGCUUAUAGAUGCUUUGGAGAAUCUCAAGAAAGCGCAAGCGAUUGCGUGUAAUGGUUCUUACGAAUCACUUCCGCCAUCAUCUCCGCGGAAGAUUUCCAGCGGAAGAUCGUCGUUCGAUCUUCUUAGCUACAUUCUUGGUAAACGGAGCGAAAAAGCUGUGAGCAAUAUCGUCUCACCGCCAGUUCUCAUCUCAUCAACGUGUAGCGCUGUUUCUCUACAAGAUAUUCCGAACACUCUAUUGCCUCGAUUUCAGAUGCUCCAGAGAUCAGGUCCCUAUCCACAAAUCGUUCUUCCACCAAGCGGAUUCUGGAUGGAUGGCGUCAGCCAAAAUAACAUGUAUCUUGACCAAGAAAUAAUGGGGGUCAAUACAAACAGUUGUGCAAGAUUCAAACUGGAAACGGAUGAAACUAGCCAUUGCUAUCGAAGAUAUUUUUAUGGCAGAGAACAUCAUGACUUCUUUGCAAUGGACCCCAGUGCUGGACCUUUAGUUCUGUCAGUGAGGGCGGAAGUGAUCUCAUCUCAAGAUCAUUUCCGUAUCAUGUUGCGCACAAAGAAGGGCACCAUGCAUAAGAUUAUUUCAGCUAAUGCAUUGGCCGAGAGGCCUUCAGCGUCACGAAUGGCACGUUUAUUGUGCGAAGAAAUCACCACUGAACAUUUCACACCGGUAGCGUUUCCAAGUGGAUCAGAGCUCAUUGUGCAGUACGAUGAGCACGUACUGACCAAUACUUACAAAUUUGGUGUGAUUUACCAACGAUUUGGUCAGAUUUGUGAAGAGGAACUGUUUGGCAAUGCACGCAGUAGCCCUGCCUUCCAGGAAUUUCUCGGAGUUCUCGGUGAUACUGUGGAACUACAAGGGUUCUUGGGAUAUCGUGGUGGACUCGACACCGUUCACGGCCAGACGGGUCUUCAAGCUGUGUACACAGAAUUUCGUGGUCGUGAAGCAAUGUUCCAUGUAUCCACAAUGUUACCGUACACCCUUGGCGAUCAUCAACAACUUCAACGGAAACGUCAUAUCGGAAACGACAUUGUCGCCGUCGUCUUCCAAGAGCAGAACACACCAUUCGCACCCGAUAUGAUUGCCAGCAACUUUCUUCAUGCCUACAUUGUAGUUCAGCCUAUUGAUCCUCUCACCGAUAAAGUUCGCUACAAGGUAUCUGUGGCGGCUCGUGAUGAUGUGCCGUUUUUUGGACCAACUCUUCCAGCACCGUCGUUAUUCAAGAAAGGACAAGAUUUCCGAAAUUUCCUGCUCACAAAACUCAUAAAUGCUGAAAAUGCCGCGUAUAAAAGCGCUAAAUUCGCAAAAUUGGCGGAACGCACUCGCUCUUCACUUUUGGAUGGUUUGUUCGCAAAUUUAAAGGGACGUGCAGAAUUUUACGGCUCUCCUCUACUAGAAACCACCGAAUCGUCUGGUGGCAUCUUUAGUUCCGUGAAAAAAGCCCUCAUCGGGAGAUCGCGAUCUGUUUCUCAAGAAGUCAACACACCUACACGAACAGUGUCAAUAAACUUGGACAGGGAUAAAAGUUCCACAUCGAGUGGUACGAGUUCCCUUCGCAGAGACAGUCUCACCAGAGACGACCAGAGAAUAGAAUGGGAUGUGUCUUCGGUGGAUAACGACUCACCAGAAAACGAAAUCGAUUCAGAUACGGGAUUGGAGUCGAUGUCAUCAACUGAUCAGCCGUCUACUCGACUUUCGUGUACGUUCUGUACAGAUGACUGUCAUUCGCCGGACUCAAAGAAACUUGAAUCGCUCCUGAUGGAUAUCGACCGAUUAAGUGGAGAGAAGUCAGAUCUGCUGCGUCAGAACGUAUCAUAUUGGUUUCUUUUUUUCAGACAAAGCUGUCUGGCUGAUGAACUGGACCGGGCAAACGAGGAAAUCGCACGUCUCCGACGUCUGGUCAAGCAACCACCACAUCAUACGACUGGUCUUAACCAGCUGCCGUCGACUCGUGAGAGGUCUUUUAGCGACGUCUCCGUUUAA